GGGUGGGUGCGGCGGGACUCGGGGCUGGCCGGGGCGAGCCGGUUGGCGGGGACUGAGGCCACCGGAACUUUCGCGCAGGCCACGAAAGCGUGGCAAAACUUCUCGUCUGUCACCUUGACUGAACCUUAAUUUUUACCUAAACCUACUGCAUGCACAGCUUUGUAAAAGUUUGACGGACGACUAGUAAUUUUUACCUAAGUGAGUUCUUCUGUGUCAGGCACUAUGCAAAGUACAAGUAGUUUACUUAAUCUUCUUUACAGAUUGUGAUGCACAGAUGUAGACCUACCGUUUAGGGUUAUGAGGAUUAACGCGUUUAGAACAGUGCCUGGCACAAAGCAAGGGCACAGUUAGUACAGUAUAAGCCAUUAUUAUCUUUUUUAAUGGAUGAAGAUACGAAGGUUUAGAGAGAUAAGGGAAUUUACCAGAGGUUGAGUAGAAUAGUAUAAAGUUAGGGCCUAAUGACAAUUUUGUUCAGCCUUGAUAACACCGGAAGGACUUGGCGCAUGGCAGUCGCUGUUAAUCAUGCGCGGAAUCAUUAGAAGAAUCAGGUCACCAGGUGACCUAGUGAGUCUGGGCAGGGGCCAGUUUUGGAAUUAUGCCUGACUGCAAAGAUCAAUGGCUUAGCCUCUGGUGCCCUUCUGCCGCCUUUGACUUAUGACCUUGGUGAAAGGCUCAAAAAAGUACCUGGUCUGAAGAACUUCUGGGAAAUGCUAGAAUAAUUAAGCUACCUUGGAUUUGACUGGACUAGUAAAUCCAAAUUUUUUAUAUUCAAUUUUAGCAAAAUGUAGCAUAACAACAGAAUUCUCAUGCAUUUCAGCAUUUUGUUUUGUUUUUAAUCACUUUUUAAAAUAAUGUUUCUGCCCUAUUUGUGGAUUACUUACAGGGGAAACAAGAUAACAAUAGUGGAAAUCAGAGCAAUAAGCCAAAAUUCCUAAAAAGUUACACACAUUUUUAUAUAUUUUAAAGUAUCAUUUUUUGAUAAACACAAGUUAUCAAAAUGUAUACUGCCCAUAUCCACUUACUUGUUCAGGGCAAUUUUUGACACCAGGAGCGUCCUAACUUCUGUAUCCAGAGGAAACGAGACUACGAAGGCUAUUUGUGCUCCCUGCUGCUCCCUGCAGACUCCAGAAGCUCUGCCUUUGCACUGAGGGCCUUCAAUGUGGAACUGGCUCAGGCUGGUUAAGGACUCAGUCUCUGAGAAAACAAUUGGACUGAUGCGAAUGGAGUUUUGGAGAAAAACUGUGGAUGACAUAUACAGUGACAACCCACCCCAGCAGCCUGUGGCCAUCGAGCUGUGGAAGGUCUGUGUACCAGCAGAGGCAGGCCCCGUUCCUGGGCCCCCGACUGACUUCACAGAGCCCCAGUAAGGAUGGAAAAAGCCAGGCCCCCCCAAGUCUGGGACUGAGAAGAAAAAGUGGAUGGGAAGCUGCUGUCAAAAGACAUAAUCUGACUAAAAGAUGGCUUAUGAAAAUCAUUGAUGAAAGAGAAAAAAAUUUGGAUGACAAACCAUAUCGUAAUAUCCAGGAACUGGAAAACUAUGCUGAAAACACUCAGAGCUCUCUUCUUUAUUUAACACUAGAAAUAUUGGGUGUAAAGGAUCUUCAUGCAGAUCAUGCCGCAAGUCACAUUGGAAAAGCACAGGGCAUUGUCACUUGCUUGAGAGCAACGCCCUAUCAUGGUAGCAGAAGAAGAGUGUUCCUUCCCAUGGAAAUUUGUAUGCUGCAUGGCGUUUCACAAGAGGAUUUUCUACGGCAGAACCAAGCUAAAAAUGUGAGAGAUGUGGUAUAUGACAUUGCCAGCCAGGCACACUUGCACCUAAAGCAUGCUAGGUCCUUCCACAAAAGUGUUCCUGUGAAAGCAUUUCCUGCUUUUCUUCAGACGGUUGCCCUGGAGGACUAUUUAAAGAAAAUUCAACAAGUGGAUUUUGACAUAUUCCACCCAUCUUUACAGCAGAAGAAUACACUACUACCAUUAUCUUUGUAUGUUCAAUCAUGGAGAAAAAGAUAUUAAAAUAAUUUUAUGG